GAUGCUUCGCGCGCUCGUCGACAUCAAGCUCAUCCGAGGCACAGAUCUUGCGGAGAAGCUGAGUGUUGCGGCACAAUCUCAUUCCAUCCAGGCUCUAAAAUACGCCAUCCAUCCAAAAUGGAUGCAGUAGAGUAUAGUAUAGGCGUGAAUAAUCGCUUCGGCCUUUUACUUUCUGACGAGGAAGACCCAGAGACUACUUUUAAAGAGUCUGAGAAGGCUGCUAAGGAAACGAAAGACAAGAAGGCGAAGAGUGCACGUCCAUCUGUCAAGGAUGGUAAGCCUCAGCAGACUAAAAAGGACAAAGAGGCAGUGAAUGAAGAGUCCAAAAAAGAUGCCAAACGUGGAAACCGAGGCCCCAAGGAUGUUAGGAGAGAAAACGAGAAAAACACGAGACUGCUAAAUGGCCCUAAUGACAAAAGUCGUGAGGACAGGGAAAAUGUCCCUCCAAGAAAGGGGGGCUUUAACCGCAGCAGAGAAGAUGGCGGCCAAGAAGGCGGGGACUCUCCUGUCAAGGUCGAGCAAGGCGGAGAUAGAGGGGGCUUUGGCAGCAGGGGUGGUAACCGUGGAGCCAGGGGUACAGGCGGAAGAGGCAGAGGCGGGUUUGGCGCCAACCGUGGAGGGAGGAAGAGGGAGUUUGAGAGACGAAGUGGCUCUGACAGGUCAGUCCCUGAAGGCCCAAGUGUAGCCAACAUGAGGUCUGUGAAACCUCAGGACAAGCGAGAGGGUGGCGGCCAGUUUAACUGGGGAAACCCUGCUGAUACGGAGGAAGAAGGAGUGGCCUACAACCAGGAGAAGCCUGAUGUGGAGGGAUCUCCAGAGCCUGGGUCUCCUAAGCCUGAUGCUGAAGAAGGCCAGGAGCAGAAUGAGGAGGGGGAUGCUGAGAAGGAGGAAGAGCAAAAAGAGAUGAGUCUGGAGGAGUGGAAGGAACUCCAGAACAAGACCCGCGCCAAGAUGAGCUUCGAGCUGCGUAAGCCUGGCGAGGGCGAGAAGAAGAAUCAGUGGAAGAACACUCAAGUCCUGCAGAAAGAGGAGAUCUCAGAUGAACAUGGAGUGAUGUACGAAGAAAAGAUCAAGACAUCAGGGCGUGUAAAGAAAGCUGUCCCUGGCAUCCAGUUUGACUUUGUAAACACAGAGCCCAAGGGUGAUUCCCGUGGUGGUGGCCGUGGAGGUCGAGGUGGCCGCCCAGGAAGAGGUGGUCGUGGUGGCCGUGGGGCCAGUGGCGGCCGUGGCAGAGGGGGAGGCAGAGGUGGCUUUGGAGGUGGUGCUGGCCCACAGGGUGAAGGCCACUUUGAGAUCAACAGCGAUGAGUUCCCCUCAUUGGCUUAGGUUGAUCCAAGAGCCUGAGGCAUUUGCAGAGAUUAGACUGUGUGCUGCUUGUGUACGUACCAGUAAUUGACCAGCUGAUAAAACCGCUGAGUCCAGCAUUUUACUACAAUCAAAUAAGAGAAGAAGAGCCAUGUAUUCAUAGAAAUGGAGGCGCCAUAGCGUGCGGGCAUGGGCAAUAUGCCUGAGAAGAAAUAGAGGUAAAGCGCCAAGCUAAAAUGCCUCUAACACCUGCUAAACUGCCAGUAGGGUGACUGGGGGAUAGUCAAUCGACUUUGACUUCGACUUUUCUAUCCAUCAUAAAGCAAUGUAGUACAGUGCUCACUAAAGACUUUGUAAUGGAGCACCAUUAUCAGCACAGUGCUUUGCAUGCCUCCCUGUUCUAAUAAGGGUUGCAUUUGUAAGAAUUAUACAGAAAUGGUGUAAUUGGAUAGCGGUCAAGGUCUGUAUUGUUUACAUACAAUAUUGGAGCACUGCAGAAGUUCAAAUAAAAUCCUUCCAUUGAAAAUUUAA